CGACGCUCAGCAAGGUAGUGCGUCCACCAUAGAGUGCGGUCUGUCACUGUUGGCAACUCUAUUGAUCACUGCAAUGUCUUUGUACAUCGACAAUGCACCAUGUCGGUACGUGUAGCGCUUCAUUCGAUACAGCGUUAUGCUGUCUUAUGACGAACCAUGGAACGAACUGCGGCCACUCUUCGGACCUAAACCGGACGGUAGCCGGACGCACGGAGUAACAAUUCCCGUAGCUCAGACAGAAGCGCGCUGGUACACUUACAUGGCAUUUAAAAACCGAUGUCAAUUUCGGCUGUCUGUGAUAUGAACAUUGAUUGAUGUAUGUGGUCGGGCAUCAGUCAGUUGCUACUGGAAUUGAUCUCUCAGAUUGUACUGCAGCACUGGCUCAUCGAUUUCAGCCUGGAGAUAACUGCAGUAUUUCGUCACACAUUCCAAAAUGAGGUUUAAGCUGAAGAGAUGCGUCGUUGCUCUAGUGUUCAUCGCCUGCAUCCCGUUUGUCAUGCAUAUGAUGGACAUACUCAAAUUCAAAGCAAGGAAACCACGACGACCAAAAGUAGAGCUUCACCUUGCUCCACCCACCAACACAGGGACCUGCGACAAAUCAAAAUGUAAUCCUACAAAAGACGGCAUGCUCAACGUCCACAUCGUCGCCCACUCCCACGACGACGUCGGCUGGAAGAAGACAAUGGAUCAGUACUACAGUGGGCAAGGAGGAGGGAACGCUGAGUCAUUUUAUCACGGAGGCGAGUGCACAAGGUGUAUUUUGGACAACGCGAUCAGGGAACUGAUAGGAAAUCCCUCCCGAAGGUUUAUAUUUGUGGAGAUGGCCUUCCUCUCUGCCUGGUUUAAUGAGCAGACAGAAGACAUGAAAAGACAAGUAAAGGCAUUGAUCAACGAACGACGCCUGGAACUAAUAAUCGGUGGUUGGAGCAUGAGCGACUCCGCGACGACAUACUACGACGACGUCAUCGAUCAACACACCCAUGGCUUCCAGUGGAUCGAGAAAGAGUUUGGCGAAUGCGCCAUGCCCAAGUCUGGAUGGCAUGUAGACCAGUUCGGGCACUCGAGGGAACAUUCUUCUAUAUUUGCACAGUUUGGCUUUGAUGGGUUGUUCCUUGGUCGCAUAGACUUCCAGGAUCAGGACAGGCGAACCAAGACAGCGAACAUGGAGACGAUAUGGAGAACAAGCCCUGACAGUUUAGGUGACAAGACGAGUCUCUUCACAAGCGUCCUCUAUGAUGGCUACUUCUCCCCAGAAAGGUUCCGAUGGGAGGGCUGGGGCCCCGGCAUGUUGUCAGCACGAAACAGCGAAAACUACGUAAAUGCCUUCAUCGAUAUCGCUGUGGAGAGAGCAAGGGCAUACAAGACGAAACACGUGUUAAUUCCUUUCGGUGGUGACUUUGCUUUCAACACCGCAGCCGGCUGGUUCGAUGGAAUCGAUAACCUCAUCAAAUACGUCAACGCCAAGCAAGACACUGGCAGCAAGGUGAACGUCCUCUACUCAACCCCGACCUGUUACAUCAACAGCGUCAACAAAGAAGCGGCAACGUUUGAGACGAUGUCGACCGACUUCUUCCCAUACUCCACCAUCCCCAACACCUUCUGGACGGGCUUCUUCACCAGCAGACCCGGACUCAAGCGCCAUGUGAAGACGGCCAGCAGCUUACUACAGACGUGUAAACAAAUGGCAGCUCUUGCACAGCUCCAACACACAAAAGCAAACGUUGAUAAGUUAAAAAGCGCCGUGGGUGUCCUUCAGCAUCACGACGCCAUCACCGGCACCGAGAUGCAGCACGUUACUGAUGACUACAACAAGAUGCUGAGUGAUGGAGAGGUGGCGUGCCAGUCGGUGAUAGAUGACGCCUACAGGGCACUGUCAACUCCACCAGGAGUGGCUCCGAAGCAGGAGUUCUGUCAUUUGCUCAACAUCAGUUCUUGUCCAAUAACAGAAACUGCUAAAACGUUUUCCGUGAAUUUAUUCAACCCCCUUGGCUGGCCAGUCACCCAUUUCGUCAGGCUGCCGAUCCCCGGGGGCACAUACACGGUGGUGGGAGACGGCAAGGAGAUCAGGGCUGAGACAGUACCCCUUCCGCCAUCAACUAGCGGCAUUCCAGAACGAGGCCAGUCCACAGCUAAAGCCGAGCUCGUGUUCGGAGCUGACGUCCCCCCGCUAGGAUUCGCUUCGUACAAAGUGAAGAAAGAAUCAAGUUCGGAUGACAUCCCGCUACUGCAAGACAACACAAGGGACGACAUUGUGAUAGAGAAUGAGUUUUUGUCAUUAACGGUUGAUGCUGAAAGUGGUUUGACGAAGACUCUGACAAACCUAGUGACUAAGACGAAGAUUGAGUUUGAGCAGAGCUACAGGUAUUACCUGUCUAGCGAAGGCCAACAGCGGGACCCCAAUGACCGCACCGGGGGGUUCCUGGGCUCCCACAAACGGGCAUCGGGGGCCUACGCUUUCGUCCCGAAGGAAGGGCAGGGCCCUGUCAGACUGAACGGUCGUGACUCUAAAGGGGUCAACGUCAAGACAUUCAAGGGUUUGAACGCGCUAGAGAUCCACCAGGAGUUUUCUAGCUGGGUAACCCAGGUGAUCAGGCUGUAUGACGGAGCCCCCUAUCUGGAGAUGGAGUGGACAAUCGGACCUAUACCUGACGAUGACAGGCAAUCCAAGGAACUGAUAUCCAACUUUGUCACCGACCUGCAGACGGAGGGGAUUGUGUACACAGAUUCCAACGGGCGCGAGAUGAUCCAACGCAGACUAGAUAAACGUGAGACAUGGAACCUGACUGUGACAAGCCCUAUUUCAGGCAAUUACUACCCCGUCACUGGCAGAAUCGCUCUACAAGAUCAGGGCACAAAGGCCCAGCUGACGGUAUUGACAGAUCGGUGUCAGGGUGGUGCCAGCAUUAAAGAUGGUGAAAUGGAACUUCUGGUCCAUCGGCGGACGUUCAAGGACGAUGAUCUUGGAGUUCAGGAACCGCUGAAUGAGAAAGGCGUUGACGGCCGAGGUCUCAUUGCCAGGGGAAAACACUACGUAUUUCUGAACACGAUAGAGAGGGCAGGGCAAGAUUUCCGCCCCCUGGGGCUACAGUUCCAUCACCCACCGACAACGUCUUUCUCUGCCUCCCAGCAAGGUCUAACGGAUUCUUUGCAUACGCAGUGGUUCGGAUUAUCUGCCCCUCUCCCGAGUAACGUGCACCUGCUGACCUUGGAUCAGGUGCCUGGCAAGGUCAAUAAACUGUUGCUGAGACUAGAACAUAUUUUUGAAAAACGGGAGCUCGCUGAAUCAGACCAAAUUGUAGAACUAGACUUAGAGGAUUUAUUUUCCAAGCUAAAAAUCACUGGAGUAAGGGAGUUAACUCUUGGUGCUAACCAUGACGUGAGCAGUGUCAGCCGACUGAGGUGGAAGACGGCUGAUGGGUCAUUAACACCCUCUCAAGUCGGUUCUUCGGAAGGGCAGUAUAAACACGAGGCCCCGUACACUAUAACGCUCCAGCCCAUGGAGAUACGAACAUUCCAUAUUGACGUCAUCCAGAAAAAUUCUCAAACGGGAACAUGAAGAUUGUUAUGCAACAUAGUUAUAUUUGUAUAUCGUAUAUUUUAUUAAAUAUUUAUUUUUUCUAA